GCCAAGCAAAGCAAAGUGGUGGUUCUGUCUUAUCCCAUCACCGAAUCACAUCCCUUUAAAAUUCUUAUUCUCUUCCAUUUUCACCAACUCGCGCCUCCAUAUUAGAAUAAGCUUCUCUAAUCUCUAUCUUCACCUACCUAAACCCCACCUUUCUCCUCAUCUUCUUCUUCAUAAAGCCUCGUGCUUUCUCAAAAGGGUUUAUUAGAGAGAGAGACAUGUCUUCGAUCAAUCUAUCGUCUUCCACCAUAUCUCUCUCCCGCUCAAGACUUAGGCAAAGUUCUACUACAUUGCUCCACCGUAUCACUUUACCAUCUUACCAUCAAUCAUUAUCAUCACCCUUCUCCAUUAAAACCACUUUAAAAGUUAAAGCUUCAAUCAUCUCUAGAGAAGAUGAUCUUCUCUCUUCUUACACCAAUGGUUCACUCAUUAACGAAGACUCAUCAUCUCCUCCACCAGCCAAUGGUUUUGUAGCUGAAGAUGAUGACUACGAGCUGGAUCUACCAACACCUGGUUUCUCUUCUAUCCCUGAAGCCAUUGAAGACAUACGUCAAGGAAAGCUUGUGGUGGUUGUUGAUGAUGAAGACAGAGAAAACGAAGGAGACUUGAUCAUGGCUGCUCAGUUAGCUACACCUGAGGCUAUGGCUUUUAUUGUCAAGCAUGGAACUGGUAUAGUUUGUGUGAGUAUGAAAGAAGAUGAUCUCCAGAGGUUGAAUCUUCCUCUUAUGGUGAAUCAGAAGGAGAAUGAAGAGAAGCUCUGCACUGCAUUCACAGUCACUGUGGAUGCAAAACAUGGUACAACGACAGGAGUAUCAGCUCGUGACAGGGCAACAACGAUACUGUCCCUUGCAUCAAGAGACUCAAAGCCUGAAGAUUUCAACCGUCCAGGUCAUAUCUUCCCACUCAAGUACCGAGAAGGUGGGGUUCUGAAAAGAGCUGGACACACUGAAGCAUCUCUAGAUCUUACUGUCUUAGCUGGACUAGAUCCUGUUGGAGUAUUAUGUGAGAUUGUUGAUGAUGAUGGUUCCAUGGCUAGAUUACCAAAGCUCCGUGAGUUUGCAGCUGAGAAUAGCCUCAAAAUUGUUUCCAUUGCAGAUUUGAUCAGAUACCGAAGGAAGAGAGAUAAGUUAGUUGAACGUUCUUCUGCAGCUCGGAUUCCGACAAUGUGGGGACCUUUCACAGCUUAUUGCUACAAGUCUAUACUAGACGGCAUAGAGCACAUUGCUAUGGUUAAGGGAGAGAUUGGUGAUGGUCAAGACAUACUUGUGAGGGUUCAUUCAGAAUGUCUCACUGGAGACAUAUUUGGUUCAGCAAGAUGUGACUGUGGGAACCAGCUAGCUCUUGCGAUGCAGCAGAUUGAGUCUACAGGUCGUGGUGUGUUGGUUUACUUACGUGGACACGAAGGAAGAGGGAUUGGUUUAGGACAUAAGCUUAGAGCUUAUAAUCUGCAAGAUGCUGGGAGGGAUACAGUUGAAGCUAAUGAGGAACUAGGACUUCCCGUUGACUCUAGAGAGUAUGGAAUUGGUGCACAGAUACUAAGGGAUUUGGGAGUGAGGACGAUGAAGUUGAUGACGAAUAAUCCUGCUAAGUAUGUUGGUUUGAAAGGAUAUGGAUUAGCUAUUGUGGGAAGAGUGCCUCUUUUGAGUCUUAUUACAAAGGAGAAUAAGAGAUAUUUGGAGACAAAGAGGAGUAAGAUGGGUCAUAUGUAUGGCUUGAAGUUCAAUGGUGAUGAUGUUGUGGAGAAGAUUGAUGAUGAUGCAGCAGCUACUGAGUCAUGAGUCUUUAAGCUGGAGAAUCAGGAUGAAACGAAUCAAAUCAGACCAGGGAAGAAAUAUAGAUAAUACUUCAUGAAAACACCAGAAAGGAAACAUAGACACAGAAGACCAAGCAAUGCAAUGAAAGACUUUUGAUCUGAAUCUGAGGAGUUUAAUCUUUGAUCUGAUUCUUUUUUCUACUCUUUGUGUUGCAAUUCUUUUCAACAUUGUUACUUGUUAUGUACUAUUUGGUUGACUAGUUUCAUUUGGUUUGUGAAACUGUGGAGAGAGGAGGCUUUGGAGUGUGCAUCCUCCUUCAGAUCCUUUUGGUUGCCCUUCUAUAUCUUCUAGAAACCUUCUAUAUCUAGGAACCGAGGCGAUGGAGGAACUCAAUUUCUUGAUUUGAUGCUUUUGGAGAAAUUCCUAAUUUGUAAUGCUAUGUCCCUAAUGAUAUAUCCCAUUAGUAUAUUACAAAACCAAAUCAUCUUGACAAUACAUGAAGAAAGAACAGAGACUCAAAGACACAACAACAGAACAAAGAAUUGGUUUGC